AUGAUUUUCAUUAUAUUCCAAGUAUAUGAAGGUCUCAAAAGUUUGGCUCAGCCAAAAAUUAAAGAAGUAGAUGAAGGUUUUUUUUCUGAAGUAUUUGAUGUUGUUACUUCAGGUGCAUAUAUGGGAAAGGCAGUUCAAGUAUCA